UUGGCCGCACUGUCAUGGCAGUUAUGUCAAAUUAGUUUUUAUGAUUUUCAAAGUUCGGUGGAAUUUUAAACAAAAAUUUUUUAUUCUGUUCACGAUGCGAGGGUUAUGCUUACUUAAAUGUGUUAAAUAAAUUCCCUAAUUGAUCUAUUGACCAAUCGUUCUAAAAAGAGCCAAUUUAUAUAGAGCAUAUUUCAAAGGUUUUGGAAAGUAUUACAUAUACAUAUGCGCGGCAAAAAUUCGUCUAGAACAUUAUACGAGUGUAUCAUGGAAAAAGAGGAAACUACAACUGUUCAAUACCACCAGGGCGAUUACAAGACACCGAAGAAGUCCGCUAUGAUAAUCGAUGGGGAGCGCUUAUUAGAUAAAAUUAAUAUACUAACAACAAAACCGGAGAACCAAUCUUGUACCAAGCUUCCAACAAUCAAAGAUUUUGUGAUUAUUAAGCCAAUUAGCCGUGGUGCAUUUGGCAAAGUAUUUCUGGGUUACAAAAACAAUGAUCCCAAUAAAUUAUACGCUAUCAAAGUUAUGCGAAAGUCCGAGAUGAUAAAUAAAAAUAUGGUAUCUCAAGUUAUUACCGAACGCAAUGCGUUAGCGUUGUCUCGUAGUCCUUUUUGCGUCAGCUUAUUCUAUUCAUUACAAUCCGUCUCCUACGUCUAUUUAGUGAUGGAUUAUAUGGUAGGUGGUGAUCUAAAGUCGUUGCUUACCAUGUUCGGAUACCUUGACGAAGCAGUGGCGCGUUUUUAUGUGGCAGAAGUUGCGCUGGCGUUGCAAUAUUUGCACGAGCACGGUAUUGUGCAUCGCGAUAUAAAGCCGGAUAAUAUGUUGUUGUCGGCCACUGGCCAUGUAAAAUUGACGGAUUUUGGUUUAAGCAAAAUCGACAAUAGAAGAGAUUUGGAAAUAUCGGAUUUAAUAAAUAUUUCGCCUACCUUAAAUGCACGUACUCCGGGUCAAUUGCUUUCUUUGACCUCGCAUUUAUCAUUUGGUUCAGAGAAGAAAAUAGAAUGUGGCACUGGAACUUCAAAUUUAAUGAAUGCCAUGAAUAAACGAAAUGUGAUAACUGAAUCAUCAGAUAGUGAGGCGGAUACGUCUUUAAAUGAAGCCGAGCGAACGAGCGAUAGCAAAAUAUCUGGAGUCUCUCCUUUUUUUUCAGUAGAAGAGAUUAAUGUUUCGAUUACGCACACGUGCACAACUAAUACCCAACUGACCGAUAGUACAUCUUCCUACCACACAUGUACAUCAACAGAAAUAAGUAAAAAUGAAGUUAGCACUACUUCAAACGCAGUUACGAACACUCGGCAUGUUGCCUUCGUUGAUAUUAGCAUCGAAAUUAAAGCCGCCGCAGCUGAAGCUAGAGCGAAUUGCAAUGGCUGCAAGCAAGAAGAAUAUACUAGAUUAAAAGAUUGUAUUAAAGAGAAUAAAAUUUGUAUUAAAAUGGAGCGGAAUGAACCAGAAGAGGCUUCAUUUGAGUUUAGUAUGGUUCGAAAACGUUCGAUGGAUGAGCGUUUGCGUAUGUCAAAAGGCCCAGAAGACUCGGGCGUGUCGAGCCGAAAAAGCGACAAUUCUACUUCGCAAAUCAAUACAACAACAAGUUCGCUAGACAAGGCUGAGAAUAUAUGCAUUUCUAAAAACGAUACAAGCUGCUCGGAUUAUUCGCGCAGCUACACCCCGAACAUAACAAGCGAGACCAGCAGCAUGCGUUCACCAUUUCGUAACCUAUCGAAAAACUUCAAAAGACCUGAAUUCUUGCGGGGUAUGAAACGCAAACUCAAUCUGCUUAAUCGGUCGGAGAACUCAUCCAAUCCGGAAGCUGACAGUUCGAAAUCGGGUUAUAACUCCAACUCCGGCAGCACCGGGCUAACACAAGAAAUCGAUAUUCUUGACAUUGGCAGUAGCACACCGAAAAAGCGUAAAGCGGCUAACGGCGUAUUAAAAGUGCGUUCACUUUCAGACGAUGAAAUGCCACAGGCUCUCAAUGAGCAUGUCACAAACGUUGUCUUCUCCACACCUGUGUCAUCUCAAAAAGUGCCACGCCGUGAUGGUGGCUUGUUGGGAAAACUGAAAGCAACACGAUUUGCGCUGCCAUCAUCGAUGGAUACGAAAAAAUCGGAGCAGGCAGCUGAAAAAACAUCUGGCGUGCAAUAUUUGAAAAUGGCAGCUGAUGAUCCUACCAUGUCACCUAUUAAUUUGGGCAAUAAUAUACCGAAAACUCCGAUACGUAUGAAUACACCUUUUCGCACACCAAAAUCGGUGCGACGUGGCGGUGUUGGUCGGCAAUCGAGUGAACGUAUACUCGGCACACCCGAUUAUUUAGCACCAGAAUUAUUGCUGCGACAAGGGCAUGGACCAGCUGUAGAUUGGUGGGCCCUGGGCGUCUGUUUUUAUGAAUUUUUGACCGGCGUACCGCCCUUCAAUGACGAAACGCCACAAAGAGUUUUCGACAACAUUCUAAAUAAAAAUAUUGAAUGGCCACAAGGUGAUGAAGCACUUUCAGCCGAAGCUGUCGAAGCAGUGGACUUGUUGCUUACAAUUGAUCCCACUGAGCGUCCUGCAGCAAAAGAUGUUCAGCGAAUGCGUUUCUUUGAAUCAAUCAACUGGAAGAACAUCGAAAACGAAGAGCCGCCAUUUGUGCCGACGCCGGAAAAUCCUACCGACACAGCAUACUUUGAGGCGCGUAACAAUUUGCAACAUCUAAAGUUAUCCAAUUUUACGCUAGAAGACUAAAAGAUACAAUUAAAGAACAUCAAAGACUGUAGAUUUUCAUCUGGGUUAGAGUUAAGAUGAAACUAUGUUACGCGCAUUAACCAAAUUGUUUGUGCUAGCUACACUUUCGAAGUAAACUAGAUGUAUCGUUUUAAAUGAAUUUGAGUAGUAAAUUUAGUAUAUACAGACCAUUUGCAAGUAAUUAACGCAGUGGAAAAUAGUGAUUAUCUAUGCACCACACACAUAUGCGUAUCUCAAUUAAACUAACAACAUAUCAUAUUGUUCUAUUAUAUUUUUUAAACACUACAAUAUUCUCGUUUAUGUGCUUAUUCACUUAUCGGUUUGUCCUAUUGUUCUGUAUAUUCUUUGUGCAUUUUUUAACCAGUCUGUUUUACACUACAUACAUAUCUAUGUCCCCAUGUAAAAAAAGUCAACAAAAUCAAAUAAAUUGAUAAUUAAUUGAUCAUAAGAGAAAGGUUAAUUUUUUAUACUUGAAAAAGACAAGGAUUAAAAUUUUGAAACUAAUUAAAAA